CUUUUAUUUAUCAACAGAAGAUUAUUUAUUUUUCAAGUUUUCUAGUGCAUUGUUUAUAAUAAUUUACCAACAAUCUAAUUAAAAUGCAUGAAGCCUAUCAAGUGCAUUCUUUAAUAAAAUUAACACAUCAAGUUGAAUCGAUUGCUGCUUAUGGAGAUAUUUUGUUGGUGGGUACUAGACAAGGACACUUGUUUAUGUACAGUCUGGAGAAAAAGGAGCCAAAAUGCGAACUAACGUUGAUGAGAUACGAUAAAUAUUUUAGCAAAAAACCUAUACAGCAGCUAGAGGUCAUUCCCGAGCAAGAUUUGCUGCUCAGCUUGACUGAUAACGUUGUACAGCUUCACGAUAUCAACGCUAUAAGCUUCAACACUUUGGAUACUGUGCAGAAAAGCAAGGGAGCUACUUUUUUUGCUCUCAACACAGAAAAAAUAAUCUCUACAACAGGUGAUACGCAUUAUCUAAUAAGACUAGCAGUGGCAGUCAAAAGAAAAAUUCAACUAUACUAUUUGAAAAACAAUGAAUUUCAUACAUUGGCCGAUGAUAUUUCCCUCACUGAUAUUCCCAAAUCGAUGGUUUGGUGUCAAAAUGUUAUUUGUUUAGGAUUUAGGGAUGAAUAUGCUUUACUCAAGUUAGAAAAUGGCAAACAAACAGAUCUGUUCCCUACAAGCAGUGCCAAAUCAGCCGAUCCAUGUAUUCUACUGAUAUCCGAGUCACAUUUUGCUUUGUGCAGAGAAAAUCAAACUGUUCUAGUAAACACUACCGGACAAACUGAACAAAACGCUGCACUCAAAUGGACAGAACCUCCUAUUUAUUUAGCGCAUGAUGCUCCUUACACUCUGGGUGUAUUAACUGAUUGUAUUGAAGUGUGUUCUUUGGAGCCCAGUAUGUCAGUGCAAACUUUACCUGACAUGUCUAAAGUAAGGUUUCUAGUUAAAGCCAGUCCUGGUAUACUAUUUGCAGCUUCGCUAUCGCAAAUUUGGUGCCUCAAGGCAGUGGAUAUUGCCAAACAACGCGAAGUGCUUGUCAAUGCCAAAGAAUUUCAACUUGCUUUGAAAUUAAUUCAAAUAUCUGAUGAAUGUGAUCAAGAAAAACAAGCGAAAAUCCAUCAAAUUCAAACCUUAUUCGCUUAUGAUUUGUUUGCUAAAAAACAAUUCGCAGAAAGUAUGAGGGAGUUUUUGAAAUUAGAAACUGAUCCGUAUGAUGUCAUCAGGUUAUAUCCGGAUAUGCUGCCGCAAGUGCAGCAAGAAGAGUUUUUAUCAAGCAACAAGGAUUUAACUGAUAAAGAAGUGCAAGAGAGUAUAGUGGCACUUAGUGAUUAUUUGACUUCUAUGAGGAAUCAUGUGAGGGAAAAUAAGAUUUCCUCUGGUCCAGGUGGUAAUUUGAACAAAAACAGCAAAUCAGCUAAUCAAUUAUUGCAAAUCAUCGAUACAACUUUGGUGAAAUGUUAUUUGCAAACAAAAGACGCUAUGGUAGCACCCAUAUUACGUCAAAAUUAUUGCCAUUUAGUGGAAACUGAGAAAAUUUUAAAGAAAAUGAACAAAUAUAAUGAUUUGAUUAUUUUGUAUCAGACUAAAGGUCAGCAUAGGAAAGCUCUAGAAUUGCUGCAAACUGAAAAGAGCCUGGAAGAAGACAGCAUCAAGAAAACAAUAAAAUAUUUACAAAAAUUGGGCUCUGAAAAUAUGGGUCUCGUUUUAGAGUUUUCUGAAUGGGUUUUGAACAAGGAACCAGAAAAAGGAUUAAAGAUAUUCACUGAAGACUUGGUUGAAGUGGAAAAUCUCCCUCGUCCACGUAUCCUAGACACUUUACUCAAAGACCAUCAAAAUCUAGCAAUCCCCUACUUGGAACACAUAAUCCAUAACUGGAAAGACCAAAAUCCUUUUUUCCACAAUGCCUUGAUUCAUCAAUACCGUGAAAAAAUUCUUAAGGAUGGUCCUGCAAACUCUGAGCAUACCAGAAAAAAGUUACUAACAUUCCUGGAAAAAAGCACUUUGUACACAGCUGAAAAUAUUUUAAAAGAUUUCCCUACUGGCAGCUUACUAGAAGAAAGAGCUUUGAUUUUGGGCCGUUUGGGAAAACACGAUCAAGCGAUUGCUCUAUAUGUCCGAGCUCUAGGUGAUGUGAAAAAGGCUGAAAAUUAUUGCAGCCAAAUGUACGACACAGGCAACAAAAACGUUUAUGUAUCUCUCAUAAGCCUAGUUCUGUUACCCGACAGCUAUCCUUUAACUCUACCGGGAGUUACUUUAUCCCCAAAAACCGCUCAGCCCGAUUUAGAACUAGCUUUAAGGCUUCUAGAGGAUAAUGCCUCGAAAAUAAACCCUGUGGAAAUGCUGGCGGCACUCCCAGACGAACUACCAGUGUCUAGGAUUCACAAAUUUUUGUCCGUGGCUCUUCAGAAAGUUCUACAAGAGAGACGAAAGAUGCAACUGCUGAAAGGCCUGCUGUACGCUGAACAUUUGCAAUGCCAAGAAAUCAAAUUGGCUUUGCAAAGGCAACAUGUGGUUAUUACCGAGUUGAAUGUUUGUCCUGUGUGUAAAAAACGAUUUUCAAAUCAAGCGGCUCUUAUUAGAUAUCCUAAUGGAGACGUAGUGCAUUAUGCUUGUCACAAGGAAAAUAAUAAUUAGGAAUUAUGUAUUAUACUAUAGCAGCUUUAUUUAACUAUUGCAAUAAAGGAUUUUUUUUUUUUAA